GCAUCCUAUUAAUGAUUGGAUGUUAGGUUGGCUUAACUGUUGUGUUUAUCUGAGGUGGCGCUUUUGUGCAAACCGCGAUUGAACAAAAUUAUUUAUAGCACUGAUUCGCCUUUUCCGUCGUCUCCAUGCCGCCGUCCGUCGCACACAGUUUCUCUGUUUCUUUUUUAUUAUCACUUAAAGUGUGUUUUUAGCGUAGCUGAUUUAGUGAUCGCAAUAGUGGUGGUGAUAAAAAAGAUCAUCUCAUUGGUUUAUUUCUGUAUUUACAUGGAUGCUGCUAAGAAUCGUUCUUACACAUCUGACUACAAGCCCCGUAACAAAUCACGAACGAAACAGCGUAGUGUUUGUGAGAUUUUAUUUACUUUACUUAAGAUGUGAUGUAUACGUGCGGCUCAAUCGCAAAGUGUAAAGAAAUUGACGAGCUUAUAAGUGUUUCAAUUUAAAUGCUUCAUUUUUAACCAUGAGUAAUGCAACAAGUGCACAGCGACUAUUAAGAAGAUGCAUGGUGGCGAUCGAUUAACGGAAGAAAACUGUUGCGUCCAAUCACGGUUCAGCUGAAUGAUCUCAUCCGUUGCUUGCAAUGAUAUGUUGUGUGUGAAACAGACAAUUUGUUGGGCGAAUUUUGAAAUUAUUUUGAAACAUAAAUAGAGCCAACUAUUCUGGGUGUAAUAGUGAUAACAUAGGAAAACUGAUUGCAUUAUGUCAUAUGAUUUGUGUAGUUACAGUUCGGUAACUAAGCUUUAUUUAUUGCAAUAAUAUGUGUAGCUGGCAUAAAUGAUGGUAACACAUAAUACGGAUACGACAAACCUUAUGUAUAGAACAUACAAUUGAAUUGUGACAGUAAGCCGGGUUUUUACCUUGCACAAUAGCCAAUUUUGCUUAUUUUUCAAGAUUAUCAGAUUACAUUUGAGUCAUCGUUGGUUGGACAUGCUACUGCAAUCGUAAUAAGCGCCACUUGUCGUCGGCUACUGAUCAGUGCAAUGCAAUGUCGCACGUUUUUGUAUUGCAUUUCGAUGCAUUGCAAAACAUGUUGUGACAUGUGAGCAUGUGAUCAAACGGUUUUUGUAUUGAAAAGAGAAAAAAACAGGUGAAAACUUUGUAACAUAAAAUGCACCCUUUUUUUGUUAAACCAGCAUGAUUUGCGAGAAGAAAAAAAACGAUACCGCACACAGUAAAUGAAACAGAAAGUAUCGUUUUACAUCGGACUAGAAUUGAUUGGGGAAAUGAUUAACUAUAGGAAGACGUGCGUUAUAAUAGGUACACCACAAAGCCUUCGUUUGCUCGUUGUAAUGAAGAAUAAUUUAGUUUUAUAAAUGAAGUUAUAGAAUAAAUAGCAAAAAAUUAUUACGAUUCAACUUACACAAAAUUAAUGAUACGUCUGUUCUGCAUAGUAACUGUGAAUCUAGUAAUAUUUCGAUCGUUUUAGCUCCUGAUGCUGAUUUGAAAUAAGAAACAUUUGUAAUUCAUUGUACAGAGACUGCUGCAUAAAAGUAAUGUAAUGAAAUUGAAAAGCACCAUUGAACAUUAUGGUAAAUUUUGUUACGUGAUUAAAAAUAACAUGCGUUUGUUUUUGGCAAUUGUUUUGACAUAUUAUGAUUUAUAGAUUAUUGAUAAGCAUGAAUGUGGCCUUGAAUUUCAUGUGAGAAAUUAAAAUCUUUUCUUUUCAUUUGUGAAGAACGAUCAGGCCAUAUUGCUAGUUAAAAUUUACUUAAGUAUGAACCAAAGAGAGGAAUAAUGAAACAAAGAGAUGGAUAUAGAAUGCAAAUUUUAAAAUUAAAUUUAUAAUGCUGAUCGAAUUUUUUGGAAAAGGCUGUUACAAUGCGCAAUUGAGCCAGUUUGUAUUUUUUGCAGCACGUAAACAUUCAAUAGAAUAUUAGUUUGUUUCUAAUUGCUUCACGUGGUAGAACGAAUUAUAAUGAGCAUCAUUUAAUUGAUCACGAUCUUGGGAUGAGCCGUUUAUUAAUCAAACGAUUGUAAAGUAUGUGUUUUGAAUGUUAGAUGCAUAUUAAUAGACCAAUAAGGUGGAUUAAAACCGCGAUUAUUAAACGAAAGGUCUUAUCGUUUAGAAGCUACGAUAACACUUAAUCCGACGAAUAUAAAGUUUGAGUUUUGUUUAUGUUCAAACUUACUACAAGGAUGAUCAAAAGGUGCUAAUAAUAAGGUUCGAGGUGUAUUCGAAAAUAUUGUAAACAUCAACACCAUCGCCUAGCUAUUGCAUGUGUAGAGAACUCACCACUAUAAGCGCAGCCAUAUGAACUGUUAACAGCAAGAAGCAGCCGACCGAUGUAAUAUUCCUCACAACCAUCAAUGUGCGAGCUUAUCAAUCAGAACACAAGCAGCUACUAUACCGACACAUGCAAUGUGUAAACAGUAAACGCCGUCAACACCAACACUGUCGUUUCAUUCGAACGUUUCCAUACGACAAACGAGAUCGCUGAAUCUGUUUAACAGUCUAACCGUGCCGCGCAAUCGUAAUACUACAGCUCGGAAGCGCUUCUUAGUGCCGUCCUCCGAUUGUUCUUCACUUCGGAAGGAUUGAUGUUUUAUUGUGCCAAUACCGUAGUGAUAGAGGAGAAACGGGCCAUUUUAUUGCGGAAAAAAGAUUUCCAUGUUUGUGAUAAUUUAGUAUAAUAUACUUAAUGUUAAACAUCUCAUAAUUAGUUAGUGGGCAAAAGUUAAAAAACGGUGGUAAAUUAAUCGUUUGCAAUUAUUUUCAAUAGUGCUGUGAUGUGAAGUGACGUACUUUUCCUGAGUUUCACCAUUUGCUGAUCCACUUGUGCUUAAUUGAUCGGCGGCAUAAACCUGAGGCAUUCAAUUAUCGACGUGACUCUUAGAGUAAUGAAAUAAAGCAUGUUGGAAGUGGUCGGUUAAUUGUUAUGUACUCUGAUAUCCUUUUGAUAAGGGAAACAAACUAAAGCUUCGAUCCCAAUAAUAAGAAAAUCGACGGAUCAAUAGACAGUAGUGAAAGUGUUAUUUUGUCAGAAUGGUUGCAAAAACACCGGAAGGCCUAUCUUUGGAAAAUCUAAGCAAACGAGCCUCAGUGUACAUUGAUCCAGAAUGCGAUUUGUAUUUAGAGCUUCAAUAUUUGCAAUCCUCCAAACUUACCAAAUGUACGUGUUUCAACAUACAUCUAUUGACAGCGAAAGGAAAAAAACCGAACUUGAAGUCGUUCCAAGAUGUACAGUCGCUCAUACAACAGGGGAAAAAGCGAGAGGCGAAGAUAGUGUUAAGAGAAAAUUCAUGGCCCACCAAUUCGCCGAUUCGUUCGCAGUUAUGGCCUGCGCUAUGUGCUCAACAUCACGUUGGCAAAACGAUGCUGGAAGGGUUCUAUUGGGAUAUGGUGAAUCAGGUUUUUGGUACAACCGAACUGCCCGAGAAACCUAUAAUGCUCCCACCGUUUGUUGAUUCAACGCACUGUCUGCCCUAUCACCUAACGCGGAAAGGUCGAGCGGUGGCUGAUCGCGUAGUCAGUGUGCUUGGUUAUGCCUGUCCAGAUAUCACCUACAGUCCUACGCUCUACCCUAUUACUUCCAUUUUGUUACACUUUAUGUCCGAGGAAGAAUGCUAUCACUGUAUGGCGAGCCUUGUGGCUCCUAAGGAGAAGGUUUUUAUUACACAAACGAAGUUACUUUACGAAGUCACCUGGAAGACUGUGAUGCAAAUUGCCAAAAAACAUGCGAAAUCAGCUGUUAAUUAUCUAUCCACAAUGUGCAACGGACAGAAGCCGGAAUCAAUCUUCAUGGAUUGGUGCUGGUGGAUACUAGGUGGAUUACCUUUUCCGCAUCUGGUACGGGUGAUGGAUUGCUUCUUCCAUGAGGGUAUCAAGGUGUUCUACCGUGUAUCGUUGGCUAUAUUGAUACUUUUCCACAAACAUGUUACCGCAAGUAAUUCUGAUUGGGACGCGGAUGCGAUAAAAAAUGACAUCGAUAAUGCCCUUCCAAAGUUCUGUAAAAACAUACCAGUCUCGCCAGCGAAGCUACUACGGACGGCUUUUAGUAUAAGAGCGCUUAGUUCUACGUACAUAUCUAGGGUUUUUUUGAAGACUGAAAUGCUACUAAAAAGUAAGUCAGUGCUAAGCGGACCGAAGCAAAUGGUAAGAUCACGUUCUAGCGAUAAUUUACCAACGAGUCAAUCCCAAAUCAACGUACAAAUGAUGUCUCACACCUUAACAAUUCGGGAGGGAGCUCAUUCUCCUGACGUACGAGUGUUGUCUAUGGGAGUGUUUCCAAUUCAAGCAAUAAAAAGCAAAAUUUGUGAUCAGGACGCACUGUUUACGCUCUGGUCUUGGUUGCCAGUAAGAAUAACAAUGUAUCAGCCCGAGCUAUUAUACACUACUGAAGAACACGGGUGUUCUUUGACAACGUUUUACGUUCGGGUGGAACAGCACGAACCAACGCUGCUAAUGAUUAAGACGUGUAACAACGAAGUGUUCGGUGCUUACUGUUCCUCACGAUGGUUUGAACGUAAUUUAAAAGAUGACCGCGGGCAGCGUCAGGCUUACUUCGGAACGGGAGAGACGUUUCUUUUUUCACUUUACCCCGAGCGUGCUAAAUAUCCUUGGGUGGGGAUUGAGGGCGAUACAGGAUUGGGUCAUGCAUCAGAACUUUUUAUGGCUGCCGAUUCAAAGAUGAUUACUAUUGGCGGCGGCGAGGGACAGGCUAUCUGGAUGGAUGAAAACAUACGCUUUGGCAAAACCGAUCGCUGCCAAACAUUCAACAACCCACCGCUUUGCGCCUCUGGCGAUUUUGAAAUACGUGUGCUAGAAGUGUACGGUUUUGUAGGAGCGUGAAUAGCCUCUUAAGAUGUGCAUAUUGAUGGAACGUGCGUUUAAUUCACAUUCAAAAAUCCGUAUUAGUUUAGCCUGUAUUGAAGCUGGAACCAAAACUCGAUUUGCUGGUAGAUCUCGUUGAUUUCAUCAUUGUGUUCUUUGACUCUCAUGGAAUGUGAGCAAAAUAUAGAAGUAAACUUUUGGCAAAUUUCAGCAUAUUGAUAAUCAAUCCUCAGUCAUGCACGAAAAGUACGCAUUGUUAUCUGUAUCAUUUUGCCAUUUUCAUACAAUACUCUGAAUAUCUGCAAAUCAUCUAGAUUGCAUAAAUUCACUACAAGUGAUUGCAUACCUUGUAUUUCAUCCUCAGCGUAACGGUUUGGUAGAACAGAGGCAAUGGCGAACAAAUAUAAGCGUAAUAUAUUAUUAAUGUUUGUUUAGUUUGACUGCCUAGUUUAAGCGAGAGGGUGAGAAGAUGACGAAGUGUACUAUUUUAAGAUUUAAUUAUUGAUUAUUGCAAAAUGGCUUGGACACUUGAUAAUGCAUCAUCGAUGUAACUGUGUAGGCGCUAUUGGAUAUUGUAUUUUCAUACCUAUUUCUAAAUGGUUGUUUAAAUAUCCUCAUGAAAAAGAUUGUAUGUACGAACUGUGUUAUGUGUUUUCGAUGUUACAUUGUAUUUUUUUUUGUUUUUCAUAUUGUUUGUUACUGAAAAGGUGCUUGCCAGUUGUAUAUAUUUGCAGAACGUUUGUUGAGCUUGUUAGAUUUUUUUCAAUCAUUAGAAUAAUAUAUUAAAAACGCAUGUGACUUAAGGCACGUGUGUUGUAAUACGAACAAAGCAUUUCACAAAACAACGAAAUAACGAAUUGUCUGUAGCUUAUAUAUAUAUACAUUACAUAUUCAUAUUCAUACCAUACCCAAGUAUUAAAAAGCUUGAACUCUUUCAUUCAUGCAAAUCACUGUCGCAGUUGGUCUCUAUUUUUUCUAAAUUACUUCAACACAAUCAAAACAGACAAAUUUUAUUCUAAUAAAAUUACAUUGAAAACGUUUUCUUUGAUGAAUACCUGUAACAAUAGUUGUAUUAAUCUGAUUAAUAGCAAUAAAGAUAUGAGCAAACUUGGCUGUUCAACUCCGGUAAAUGUAGCUGCUUUAAUACUACACAUAAGUCAAAGUAUGAAAGCCAAUAUAGCGUGUUUAUAUUAUAUGAUAUUGUAUGCACAUAUUGCAUACUCAUGCUUAUUGACUAUUAUUUUGAUUUUGAUUUUCAUCUCAUCUAUAUUUGAGAAACAGUCAAUGGUGCAUAAUCUAUAAAGAUUUUGUUUUUUAUCUGAUGUUACAUGUUUUAAUAAUGAGUUGGUUGUAACAUUCCAAUCGAGUAAAAACACGUUUCUACAAAGGACUAUCAUUAUCAAUCAAAUCGCAAUUAUUCUUUUGACAAAUUUUUUAUUAAAGCUAAAUAGCGUUACAAUAUGUCGGCAUACGUGACUGAACUGGAAUGUUUUAAGUUCGAUUGAUGACUAUUUGAACAGAUUUUUUUAAAGAAAGUUUUAAUAAGGCUAUAAUACUGGUACAUCAAAUAGAGAAAUAUUUGAUUUUUCCCUCUUAGGGCGAAGCACUAAGGAUAAAACGAAAUUGUUCAAUUAGUUUAAUUGGUUCCUUUUUGCGUUAAUAUACAUACAUAUGAACAAAUGAAAACGCAGAAACGUAAAAGAAAUUAAUUUAUUCUAGCAUAGUAUAUUUGUGUAAAUGUUGUAUUAAAACGUAUGAUAUAUCAACAAUAUAAAGCUAACAAAAUAUCAAAAACGAAUAAAAGCAACAAUGAAUUAGAUAUAUAAGGAAGAUACCAACAGCCAAACUUACAACAAGUUAAUGUUUACAUCCAACGUUUUAUAGAUAAGCGUGGUGAAGAAUAGAGUGUUUUGUAUUUGUUUAAAGAGCGUUAUUUUAGUAGCCGUAUGCAUAUUAAAGGCGAAACAUUAAACACUGCUAAACGUUAUACGUGAACUACUCAAAAAGUUGGAAAAGAAAUCAAAUCAAACAGUAGAAUGGUACAUGUCUAGCACUAUGUGUAUAAAUGUGUGUGUGUGUGUUUUACGUAACUUUUUGCCUAUUUCCUGUGGAGGAAUAUAUAUUGUUAUCACAUAUUAAUGUUAGACUAGUGGUGUGUUAAGAGUUUUCAAAACAACUACCAUAGACAACUAGUUUGACACAAAACUAGUGACACGACCAAAUGUGUGUGCAUAAUUCGAUAUGAUUUUUAACGUAUAUUUUGCUAAACAUUUGCGCUACAUGCUUGUGCUUAUAUAAUUAGAAUCACUGCAAUAUAAAAGUACUUUUAAUAUUCUUUCAACGUGUCGUUAGGAAAGAUUUAUUCCGACUUAAACCAUCAUGAAAGUAUAUGAGCGUAUGCGGAACUUUCAAACCAUAGAUUCUUGGUGAGCGUGUUUAUUUCGUACAUUAUAGAAUCCAAUUUAUUUAACUACAACAUAUCGAACAAAAUAUACAAUGUUUUUUGUAAAGUCGAUUUAUUCAUGUAAUUGGUUGUAGAUUAUGGAUAUAAAUAAUUUUCUGAUGAAUAUUAGUUAUAUUUGGUUUCAGGAAUACAGUUAGACGACACUGAUUGCAUUCUUACAAUGAAUGUGUAGGACUUAUUUCGACGUGUUGUUAGUGGUAGUAAAGGGGAAAGCAUUGUGAUGAUAUACAUACUACUCUAUAGCUAAUUUUGUAAUGUCUUUACUGAUUAUGGUUACGUAUUAUUGAAAACGGAUGAUGAUUAUUUUAAACGUUGUAUAAUUUGUAUAUGGUUAUGCUUAUUCAAAAAUGUUAUUUAUAUAAUGGUUCUAGCUUGACGAAUAUAGAAAAAUGAGAUUGGCAAACAAAACAUAUACCUAGAUCAUGAAUACAAAA